AUGGGUCCGGAGUGCCUGUUUCAACCGGACCUGAUCGACGUCGAGGGAGACGGAAUCUCCGACCUCGUCUUCAAAUGCAUCCAAGAAAACGAAAUUGACAACCGGCGCGCGCUGUACCAACACAUCGUUCUCUCCGGAGGGAACUCCAUGUACGCCGGUCUUCCAUCGCGCCUCGAGCGUGACAUAAAGCGACUGUAUCUCAAGAAUGUCCUCGAUGGCGACAGAGAGGCGAUGAAGAAGUUCAAGCUCAAAGUUGAGGCGCCGGCGCAUCGUAAGCACAUGGUCUUCGUUGGCGGCGCCGUUCUGGCGGACAUCAUGCGAAGCAAAGAUGAGUUUUGGAUAUCCAAAGAAGAGUACGAAGAGCAGGGGAUAGAGCGCGCGCUAAAGAAAUGCGGCAUGUAA